AAGCUGUUGAGGAAAAAGAGAACCCAGAGGAACUAUCAGUCACGGCUUAUGACUGUAAAACUGCAGGUGAAGCGCCCGGUAAUCAAAAGACAAAGCCUAAUGUCGGACCCAUCCUUUCCCUCUGGAGCUAAAGUCCGGUCUCUGUGGGAACCGGCUGAUAGCAGGUAGACUUUGCCCUUAAGGGGAACCACUGCUACCUGGCCUUCACAGCGGAGUUUUGUGCUUAUACCGAUGAAAAGAUUGGGUUACGUUCAGUGAAAUGGACCAGACGAAUGGCAGCGCUGCUGAAGGAGCCGAACUUCACCCUCCCCCUUACAGCCCUCCGUACUAUGAACAAAAUUCCUACACCGGGGUGGCUUACCAGGUUGGGAAAGGGAACAUCGCCGUCAUUUCUCCUCCCGGCUCCUACAACGACCCGGCCCAUCCUGAGGACCCGCCUGCGUUUGGAGGCCACCAGCACUCCAAUCAAGCUCCACCUGUCUAUACCUACAACGCCGAGGAGACCGACUUCAGUGUCGCCACGAUACGACGAGGUUUUGUGCGAAAAGUCUACCUGACCUUGAUGGUUCAGCUGCUGUUUACCGUUGGGAUCAUCUGCGCCUUUCUUUACUGGAACACUCUGAAGACUUGGGUUCGUGAAAACUACUGGUUUUCCUACUCUAUGAUGUCAGUGGUGGUGGUACUCAUCGUGGUUUUGUCCUGCUGCGAUAACAUCCGUCGCCAAGUGCCCCUCAAUUUUAUGGCUCUGGGCUUGUUUACCGUCGCGGAGGGCCUGAUGCUUGGAUCUGUGGCAGUGUACUUUGAUGCCGAAGCGGUUCUGUGGGCCGUGGGUGCGACGGCUCUUGUUUCCUUUGGCAUGAGUCUGUUUGCUAUGCAGUCAAAGUGGGACUUCACCGCUGGAGCCGGGUGCAUGUGGGCGUUGGCAUGGUCCUUAUUUACUUUCCUUCUGAUGUGUGCCAUCAUCCGAUCACAGUAUCUCUACAUCUUCUACGCCUACCUGGGAACUGUGCUGUUUUCCCUAUACUUGGUGCUUGAUACUCAGCUAAUUCUCGGGGGGAAACACAGGAAGUAUGAAAUUUCUCCUGAGGAGUACGUGUUUGCUGCUCUCAACCUCUAUUUGGACAUUGUUACCUUGUUCCUCCUCCUGCUGCAAAUCAUUAACUUCUGCCGUUGAACCUGGUCAAUGGCGGAUUUUAUGGUUUUCUACUCAUAAAAUCAUGUUCUAUACCUUGUAUUAUUCUUUAUAUAUGUACAUGAAAAGUAUCGACUCUCCAGACCUGUCAUAUUUGAAUACAAACUUCCAUAAUCUAAAAAUAAUCUUUUUUUCAUGCAUUAUGAUGUUUAAAUAUCUUCAAUAUCCAACAAGACUCAGUAACUUGUUAACAACUUGAUUUGUCAAAUAAAAA